UGCUGCGGCCGGCGGGCGUAGAGCGGGCGGGUUCCCGGGGGCUUGCGGCUGCCCGUGCUUCCCCGGUCCCCACCCCGGCCCCCGGCCCGCCGACCCAGCUCUCCGGCCUCGGAGGCUGUGACAAUGGACUAUGACUUUAAAGUGAAGCUGAGCAGCGAGCGGGAGCGGGUCGAGGACCUGUUUGAAUACGAGGGCUGCAAAGUUGGCCGAGGCACUUAUGGUCACGUCUACAAAGCCAAGAGGAAAGAUGGGAAAGAUGAUAAAGACUAUGCUUUAAAACAAAUAGAAGGAACUGGGAUCUCUAUGUCGGCAUGUAGAGAAAUAGCAUUACUUCGUGAGCUUAAACAUCCGAAUGUCAUCUCUCUUCAAAAGGUGUUUCUGUCUCAUGCUGAUAGGAAAGUAUGGCUUCUGUUUGACUACGCUGAACAUGAUCUCUGGCAUAUAAUCAAGUUUCACAGAGCUUCAAAAGCAAACAAGAAGCCAGUUCAAUUACCUCGGGGAAUGGUGAAGUCACUGUUAUAUCAGAUCCUAGAUGGGAUUCAUUACCUGCAUGCUAACUGGGUGUUGCACAGGGAUUUGAAACCUGCUAAUAUUUUAGUUAUGGGUGAAGGUCCUGAGCGAGGAAGAGUAAAAAUUGCUGAUAUGGGCUUUGCCCGAUUAUUUAAUUCACCUUUGAAGCCUUUAGCAGAUUUGGAUCCAGUGGUCGUAACAUUCUGGUAUCGAGCCCCAGAACUACUUCUUGGAGCAAGACAUUAUACCAAAGCUAUUGAUAUUUGGGCUAUAGGGUGUAUAUUUGCAGAACUACUAACGUCAGAACCAAUAUUUCACUGUCGACAAGAGGACAUCAAAACUAGUAAUCCUUAUCACCAUGACCAGCUGGACAGAAUAUUCAAUGUAAUGGGAUUUCCUGCAGAUAAAGAUUGGGAAGAUAUAAAAAAGAUGCCCGAACAUUCAACAUUAAUGAAAGAUUUCAGAAGAAAUACGUAUACCAACUGCAGCCUUAUCAAGUAUAUGGAAAAGCAUAAAGUUAAACCAGAUAGUAAAGCAUUCCACUUGCUUCAAAAGUUGCUUACCAUGGACCCAAUAAAGCGAAUUACCUCAGAACAGGCUAUGCAGGAUCCCUAUUUUCUGGAAGACCCACUGCCUACAUCAGAUGUUUUUGCCGGUUGUCAAAUCCCUUACCCAAAACGUGAAUUUUUAACAGAAGAAGAACCUGAUGACAAAGGAGACAAAAAGAACCAGCAGCAGCAGCAGGGCAAUAACCACACCAAUGGAACUGGCCACCCAGGGAACCAAGACAGCAGUCACACACAGGGACCCCCUUUGAAAAAAGUGAGAGUUGUUCCUCCUACCACUACCUCAGGUGGACUAAUCAUGACCUCAGACUAUCAGCGUUCCAAUCCACAUGCUGCCUAUCCCAACCCUGGACCAAGCACAUCACAGCCCCAAAGCAGCAUGGGGUACUCAGCUACCUCCCAGCAGCCUCCACAGUACUCACAUCAGACACAUCGGUACUGAGCUGCGUCGGAAUCUUGUCCAUGCACUGUUGCUAAUGCUGCAGGGCUGACUGUGCAGCUCUCCGCGGGAACCUGGUAUGGGCCGUGAGAAUGUACUGUACAACCACAUCUUCAAAAUGUCCAGUAGCCAAGUUCCACCACUUUUCACAGAUUGGAGUAGUGGCUUCCAAGUUGUACCUAUUUUGGAGUUAGACUUGAAGAGAAAGUGCUAGCACAGUUUGUGUUGUGGAUUUGCUACUUCCAUAGUUUACUUGACAUGGUUCAGACUGACCAAUGCAUUUUUUUCAGUGACAGUCUGUAGCAGUUGAAGCUGUGAAAUGUGCUAGGGGCAAGCAUUUGUUGUUGUAUGUGGUGAAUUCUUUCAGUGUAACAACAUUAUCUGACCAAUAGUACACACGCAGACACAAAGUUUAACUGGUACUUGAAACAUGCAGUAUACGUUAACUCAACAAAAUAACCAAGCUCAAAGUGAGAUUAUUUUGGUACACCUUUCUUUUUAGUGUCUUAUCAGCGAGUUGAUUCAUUUUCUACAUUGUAAUCAGUGUUUUUGACCAAGAAUAUUGCUUGGAUUUUUUUGAAAGUACAAAAAGCCACAGUUUUCCAGAAAGGUUUCAAGACUCCCAAAGAUUAAUUUCCAAUUUAUAAGUUUGUUUUUAUUUUCAAUCUAUGACUUGACUGGUAUUAAAGCUGCUAUUUGAUAGUAAUUAAAUAUGUUGUCAUUGAUAUAAACCUGUUUGGUUCAGCAAACAAACUAAAAUGAUUGUCAUAGACAGUGUUUUAUUUUUCCUGUUGGUGUUGCUGAUUUGUGAGCAUGCUUUAAGAUGAAAAAAGCAUGAAUGAUAAUUCCCUUAAAAAGGUGCGGCAUCCAAUUCAGAUAUUUUGUCCUGAUUUUAAAGCUGGUUGGUGUAGUGCUGUUAAAAUUUUGUUCAGUUAAUUUUCUUUUUUAAAACUUGUCCGCACGUUGUUUAGGGUGCCCUUACUUCAGCAAAGGAGAAGGAGUAGGCGAGCCUUAGAAUUUUUGAGGAAAAAAAAAAACCUAUAACAUACAAUGUACUGUAUCAAACUAUUUUACAUGAAUGACACAAGUAUUCUGAAUAAAAAAAUUGAACAUUGUUAAAAAAAACAAGG